CGCCGGGCCGGACCCUGCGCUCGAGGAGAUACAGGCGAAGAUGAAGGGGGUGAAGCACAAGAUCCUGGUGCUGUCAGGGAAGGGCGGGGUCGGCAAGAGCACAUUCAGCGCCCAGCUGGCCCACGGCCUGGCGGCCGAUGACACCAAGCAGGUUGCUUUGCUGGACAUAGACAUUUGUGGUCCAUCAAUACCUAAAAUGAUGGGUUUAGAGGGAGAACAGGUUCAUCAGAGUGGUUCUGGAUGGUCUCCAGUGUAUGUUGAAGAAAACUUAGGUGUCAUGUCUGUGGGAUUCUUGCUUAGUAGUCCUGAUGAUGCUGUUAUCUGGAGAGGACCCAAAAAAAAUGGAUUGAUCAAACAGUUUCUUCGGGAUGUGGAUUGGGGUGAAGUUGACUACCUGAUUGUAGAUACACCCCCAGGUACUUCAGAUGAACAUCUAUCUAUUAUGCAAUAUCUUGGUGCAACACACAUAGAUGGGGCAGUUAUAAUCACCACUCCUCAGGAAGUGGCCUUGCAGGAUGUUCGGAAAGAGAUCAACUUCUGUCAUAAGGUUAAACUGCCAAUCAUCGGUGUUGUUGAAAAUAUGAGUGGCUUUAUAUGCCCAAAAUGUAAGAAUGAAUCUGAAAUCUUUCCUCCAACAACAGGAGGUGCAGAGACGAUGUGCAAAAAUUUAAAUGUUUCUUUCCUGGGUAAAGUGCCUCUAGAUCCUCAAAUAGGAAAAAGUUGUGAUAACGGCCAGUCAUUUUUGUCUGAAAUACCCGAGUCCCCAGCUACAUCAUCUUACAAAAAUAUCAUCCAAAGAAUUCAAGAUUAUUGUGGUUUACACCAAUCUCAAGAAAAGUAGAUCCAACUAGUGAAUGGACUUUAUACAUAUUUCAUAUUAAUUAUAGGAAAAUAAUUUAUGUCCUGAAUGAUCAGAAUCAAAUGUAAAGAGAUCUCCUUUUCUAUUUGCAAAUAAAUUUUUGGUAAUUAA